AUGCAGGCAUGCUGCAUACACGCUCACAGCAAGACCUUCGUUCACCAGGUGGCCACGAAGGUUUACCUAGCUCCUGACACGCCGAUCUCACAGUGCUUGCCUUACAGCAUCAAGCAUCAGCACCUCUUCUCCGGCAACGUUCCUCAGCCGGCAGAUUGGCUGCGAGCUUGGCGGGCGUGCCGGACAGCAUCUUCUUUCAAAGGUGCCGUGAAAUUCUAUUCCACGGAAGACUUCGCUGCUGGCAGGAACACGAAGCUUGACAGUGUGAGUCUCAAGAACAUGAUUCUUGUUAUGCACUGGGCUGUCAAGAGUGUUCGCAAGCAGCGUCUCGAACAAGCCACCAGCAUCAGCUUGUCCGUGGACGACCGCAAGGAGUAUCGUUUGGUGACGUACCGUUGCGAUGUUCCACCGCGCACUGCCAAGCAGUCAGCGGCUCCAGGCUCCCAAGGUCCCCAAGGCUCCCAAGGCUCCCAAGGCUCGGAGGAUGGCCCGCUUGUCGCCGAUGGCUUGCUUGGGGUCUACAAGACAGGUGCCAGUGUUCCUGAAAACAAAUUGGAGGAGCACGAUGCGGACAAGAGUCAGGUGAUGGCAGACAGCAUAGGCAUAGUCAUUGACAGGGCCUGUCAGGAUCCGGAAGGCAAAACUGACGAGGAGUCCUGCAGCCGCUUGAAGCUGCACGUGCGGCACUUUGCAGCCGAUCAGUGCACAUCUGCCCGGAAGUGUGGCAGGUUGUUGGUCACUGGCGGCCAGUAUCCUAACCUGGUCUGGGUAAGCCAUGAUCCUGCGCACCAGGUUCGUAUUGCCUACCAGGACCCUCUUCACGCCAUGCCCGAGUUCCAAGACCAGUGGGAGCGUGUGUUUGCUCCCGGCAAGGGCAAGCAUGCGCUUAUCCCGGACAUCCAGAACUCAGAAGUCUGGAAGGCCAGGCUCAUGGCGGCCCAGCAAGAGGUUCUCAGGCUCCAUGGCUCCCAGGCUGGUGUGGAGAAGGUGAUCCGAGCGUUGUCGUUCUCCCACCCUCGGUUUGACUCGUCGGCCACACCAAUGCUGAAGUACUUGUGCAUGAUUCGUGCGAUGGCGGUCUUAUGUGCUAUGCAGGCUGCUGACGAGAGAAACACGGUCGAGAUUCGCUCCCGAGCAGAGCGCGCCUUGCAAAACAUGAAUGCAGCAGCCCUCAUGCGCUGUGGACUCACUUGCGACUACACAUCUGAGUGCCUGGGUUUCUUGCGCAGGAACUUUGACAUUGAGGAUCCAGAUGUAUCCUGCACCCCCAGAGUGCUGGAAGAGUUCACCAAGCGCCAGCGGUUCUUAUUUGUGGAUGGAUACAUCCUCUCCGACAGCUCGCAGGUUCCCAGUUCCGUGGACGGCUCCGAGGCUCCAGGCUCCCAGGCUCCCAGGAGGUGUGCAACCCAGUUAGUUUACGAGGAGAUCCAGACACCAGAGCCGAUCUUCUAUGGCAACAGAGUCCACUACCUGUGCACGAAGGCCGGCAUUUCUGAUGUAAGGCAGAUCAUGGGAACUAUGGCGCACGUGGUCGAGGCGAUGCUGGAGCGUUUGCGAGUAGAUCUGACGGAGGAUGAGAUCGCCGUGGCUCUGCAGGUAUUCAACCUUCGGCUGUGGCAGGAGACGAACCGACAACAGGAGCUAGUGGACUCUACACGCAAGCUCUGUGAUAUGCUCAAGCUUUCGCACGGGGAGAUUGCGAAGAGUCGCAAUCUUGCUUCAGAGAAAGUCAAGGCACUCGGGCACCCUGGCCUGUCCGACACCUUUUGGACAUUUGCAAAGACUGUCCAGCUGCUCAAGGUCGAAAAAGUCCAGGAUGGUGAGGAACAGAACUUGAGGUACAACAACACCUUGUACAACAAGGCCUUACACCAGGCUGCCACAGCAGCUGUUGCAGUGCUGCGGGGUCCAUCCGGUCCCGUGGAGAAGGCUGCCCGGAGAUUGGAGCUGGAAUUUGGGCGGGGCAUCUUGAGCAGUCAGUACUCGAAGUUGAGCAAGCUGUUAUCGCUGACCAACAAGCUCGCAUCUGCUACCAGAAACGCUGUAGACCUGACGGCCUGGAUGAUCGACUCCUUGACGCUGGCCCUGCGCAUGAACAUGGUCACGCCAGCUAAAUGCACCGAGAAGUUUCUGGAUCGAGACCGGAAGACAGGCGAUGCUGGCUUUUGGUUGUCGCGCAUGCUGGUGGUGCAGGUCUUCGAUUAUGCAGCAAAGCUGGCGAACAAGUUGCCUGAGCCGGACAAGGUUAAGCUGACAGGGAUUUUGGCUGAACUCCGUUGCCCUUCCACAUGUUGGGAGAAAUAUCUCUGCCAUGCUGAUGCUGAUCAAGGGGCUGCUGGAGAGGACGACAUGGACGGCGAGGACCCAGAGGACGUGGAGCGCCCUGUUCCGCAGUCCAAGAUUGGAGCUGUUAAAGAGGGUUUCAACAAAGCCAUUGGCAUGCUUUUGGAUUUGCUGCUGGAGCUGAUGUCGGGGAAGUACUACAAGGAUUGCUGCAUGCUGGCUUCGAGUGAAGAUGGCCUUGCAAAGGCAUUGACAGCUGCACAGCUUGGAAGCUCGGAUGACACGGAGCACGAGGAGCCAUGUGCGCUUAUCACUCAGAUGAAGAUCAUUGUCGACAAGUUCGACAACAGCACGAAGUCCGUUGGUGCCACAUCUGCGGCUCCUGCUCCGAGUUUGCUCCAAAGCCUGGCCAAGGCUUCUGAAGCUGACACACCCGAGGAAUGUGUCGAGCGUGAGCGGCAGUGGAAGGCGGUGCAAACGGAACGCCGCAAGUUCGUGUCGUUCUCGGUACCGAACAAGAUCUCGAAGGACUGCCUAGUCAAUGCGUUCAGAGGUUGCGGCAAGGUCUUCACGCACAAGGGCACCUUAAACUCUUCGCACCGCCUGAUCGUUGCCAGUGCGGAUCUCUUGGCAGAGGCUGGUACCGACCCGUGGCUCAAGGGCACUCCGCCAAGCGAGGAAUGGAAAGAGAUCUGUGCCUUUGCCAAAGACAUUUCUGGGCCCGAGGAUUUCGUUGUACUCUUCGACGGCAGAAUGCGGGAAAUUCGCCGCGUGUCCGAAGACCUCCUGCUGAACCAGCAGCACACCGAGGAGUGCACCAUCGUGUACUCAGGUGGGUGCCCGCCGAGAACUGGUCGCACUCGCCGCGUUCCGCUGGCUGCAAAGAAGGUGGAGACAGGAGCGGUUAAGUUCCCGGUCGCACGCACCAAGAUUCAGACGACGAAGAAAGGCUCCUUCACAGUCUGCGGCGAGGCUUCUACGUACCAAGGCACUUACUCAGGCGUGGAGUACCGUGCGGUUUCUGAAAUGCCCCUCGUGUCUGCAGACACCAAGAAGAAGAUCAUUGCUCCGGCAACAACCGGCGACCUCCCGACACCGCCAGAGGACUGGCAGGAUCGCCACGGCUCCGACGUACCCUUGUUCUGGAACGAGUCGAAGCCGAUAGCAUAUUGGAAUGCCAUCAUUGAGGAGUUUUGCGCGGAGGCAGUGUUUGACCUCACGGCUGGCACCGGUGCUCUGAUGGAGGCUUCUUUGACUGCCGGCAUCGCAUACCACGGGCUUUGCAGCCUCAACAAGGAGCACAUGUCGUGGGUCCAGGCGGUUGCUGAUCGCGCAGCUUGCGGAAUGAUGGCUUUGGAGGGAUCCACUCUUUACUCGGACGAGAAUGCCAAGGCGGUGAAGAAGCAUUUCCCGCACGUUCUGGAGAGCUUGUCCAACCAAGACGACCAGGACGAGGCCUACCAGACGCCUCUGGGGCAAAACCAGUCUCAAGACGGCUUCUCGUCGGAUGCCCCGGGGAGCUUGCGGAAGCAGGCUGUGAAAGACGGCUUGGUCCCCAAGGCUCGAAGGGCCUUCGUCAUCUGGUUCCAGGAAAACUCCGAAGUCAAGAAAGGCGCUCCCAAGCACGAGUUUCUCAAUGAGAUGAAGCAUCUUGGCGCAGUCUGGCAGGGCAUGACCGACAAGCAGAAGGCACCAUUCAUGGCGAGGAGCAAAGAUGAGUUCAUGGCUCAGCGAAGUGCACUGGCCGUUCUUGGCAUCAGGAUGCGGGGCUCCACGACCAGUGCGGGCGGCCCCGACGAGGCGAAGGACCCCCCUGCCGCUGACGAAUCUGGCGGUCGCGUUGGCCCAUUUGAGCUUAAUGGUGCAAGGGCUCCAAUUGGAGGCGGAGCCUAUGGCAGUGUCUACAGUUGCCAGCAUCCGCAAAGCGGCCUUAACGUGGCGGUGAAGGUUUAUCGUGGCUCCGAUGGCCCCGCGGAUUGCAGGCACGCAGUGGAGCAGAUGAAGCUUCUAAUGAAGGCCGUUCCGCAGCAGAAGAUGAUGUGGUUCCCGCUUCUUGUCAGCUCGGGUGUCACGGGCAGACCUUGGCCAUGGAUGGCUACUAGCCUAUGUGGGCCCAGCCUGGCAACCGCACUUCGAAAUCCUGCUGCGCAUGGCAAGCCGAGGACGUGGUCUGUGGCAGCUCAGCUGAGAAGUGCACUGCAGACCUUGCAUGACGCAGGCAUCCUACACUUGGAUGUGAAACCUGGCAAUGUUCUUUUGUGCCCUUGCACAGAUCAGGUGCAGGUGUGCGACUUCGGCAUGAGUGAGAACAUGGCACGGCUCCAGAAGGCUUCUCAGGCUCCCAGGUUCCUGCAGUAUGUCACGGCUGCCUAUCGACCUCCGGAGCUGUGGCCCGCUCGUGUGAAUGGCGAUGGCGACUGCGGUGUCAGAAAGCAGCUGCUGACUGCAGCUGUGGAUAUGUGGGCCUAUGCUUGCGUGGUGUUUGAGGUGGAGACCGGGAAUCCCUUCAUGCCCAAGGGGGAGGCCGGACUGAGAGCGUGGUGCAAGCAGUGGCCCGAGCUGUGGAAAACACGCAGCGACUUAGCCAAUUGCCCCGCUGCAAGUCACACGUGCUGCACAAAGGUGCUUCGAGCCGGUAAAUGGGGGCUGUUUGUGUUGGUCGGCUGUGCUCCAGACCCCGGAAAGCGGCGGUGGCCGGAGCUCUGUCUGAAUCAGAAAUGA